GGAUCCUCAAAAGUUGCUAUGUGCAUGUUCUUGAUUCUUUCCUUGCGUUUGCUGGGAAUAAGCUCUAACUUAUAAUGAUCGGAGGUGAGGGAGACAGUGACUGGUUUGAGUAUUUUAAGAUAAACUUUUGAUAAACAAAGACAUAGAAUAUAUCUGUUUGAAUUCUCCUUUUGGCAGAAAUAGCAGAGACAGGAGAUUUACUAUAACAUAUUUAUAUAUGGCCACUUUCUACAAAGAGUAUGUCUUCUUUGUCUUUGUAUAAAGUUACUAAUAAUCUUGACUUAUUCAUCUGAAUCACCCACUGUUUACUUUGUAUAUUUUUAUGUUUACCAUAGAAAACAUUAGUCACUUUGUAAACAUAUAUUUCUAUAUAAUUACUUCCUGUAUCUAAACAUCUCUGAACAGUCUAUAUGUUUUUUCUCAUUUGAUUGAGCAAAAAUUUAUUAUUAAAAAUAGAAGAACAGAAGACCAAGAAAGAAAGUUUCUUGCCUGAGUAGAUCCUUCGUCAGAUUAUAGGCCUGGUUUUGAAAUCUAACACUGUUUUUUUUUUUUUUUUUUUUUUUAACGGAGAGCAUUUAGAGGCCUGCAAAGUAGCUUAUCUCUUAGCGUAGCAGAACAAUAAUUCUAAUACUUAAAAAGGUGCUAUUGUGGGGGAAAUUGGACCACAUAUGUUAUAAUAUGGUAAUUGGUUUUCUAUUUUGGGAAAGUAAUCUGGUAGUGUUGUAUUAAAUAUUUAUUAUGUGUUAAGGAUUUUAAAAUAUUCAAACCAUUUGUCAAGGUAAUUCCUUUAUAGGUUAAAAAAGUGAUAAUAAAAAGUGAAAAAAAAGAGUUUAUUUAUUAGUUGGUUUCAAAAAAGAGUUGAGGUCAUUUAUAUUAAAAAUAUGUCCUAAAAAAGUACUAAAAAUAGAGAUUUUUAAGAAAAGAGAUGAGAAAUACUUUGAGAACUAACCUUACAGAAAAUAAAUGCAUUUAAAGAAGUAAUUUGUGUAAAUAUAUUCAGAAUAGUACUGCUUAAGAUAAAGAACAACAAAAAUGCCCCUGAAGAACAAAUAAACUUGCACACAAAUAUGAUGAAAUACUAUUCAAGACAAAUUUGGGAAGCACGGUAAUUAAUAUGUGGAAGAAGUUACAUGAAACAAUGUUAAACGACUAAAACAUAACACAGAAUAAAUAGUAUGAACAUGUAUCAGAAGUAUGAAAGUACAGAUGUAAAUGUGCUGUAAAAUGUGAGGGAAAAUAGUCUAAUGUUUAUUAAGUUUUUUCCCCCUAAAUUUACUCUCAUGUCAUAUGAAGAGCAUCCUCUGCCUGAGUGGUUUUCAACCAUGACUUCCUUUUGGCACUUGGGAAUACCAGCUGGUUCAAGUGGGGAUGGAUUUGAAGUCUGGUGUUUGUUGCUGUCAACCCCUCAGGGAGUAUUGUAAGAACUAAAUUAUUGAUAGUCUGAAAUCUGGUUUGCUAUUUCAUUACCAGGACAAAAAAUUUCGUCUCCUUUUAGUUUUUCCUAUUUUCUUUACUGAAAUAAAAAUGAACAACCAAUAAUGAUAGUAAGAAAAUAUUUCCAUGCUAUUAGGGGAAGAACUGCAUGAUUUUGCAAUAUGUCCUCAAAAGAGAUUGCACUGGCUAAUGAAUGCCAAGGCAACAAAAUAUGUGUUUGGAUAUCAACCAACAUGGAAUCCUGAAACUAUCUGUUUUUUUUUCUCCCAUGAGUUUGUUUAUAACCCCUAGCUUUAAUUUUUAUUUUAUUUUCCCCUGAUGUACAUAAGCUGCAGUUUAAAAGACUGAUGUAAGAAAAUUUUCCUUCUUCACUCCAAAUUCCCACCUCCCUAACAAUGUUUAGGACAUAUUCUGCCAAAUUUGUUUUUUACAUAUGCUUAAUUUUUUUUAAAAACAAGGAACAAAUGGGUUUGUAGUUUAUGUAUCACUAUGAACAUUGUUAUUCAUUUAAUCUAUAUCUUUUUAUAGCUGUACCUAGAGAGCUACCUUCUUUUAAUGACUACAAAGUACAGUGAUGUUCAAAUACAAGCCACAUAUGCAAUAUUAGAUAUUCUAGUACCCACGUUAAAAGGUAAAAUAUAGGAGUGCCUAGGUGACUGAGCUGGUUAAGUAACCGACUUUGGAUCAGGUCAUGAUCUCAUGUUUGUGAGUUCGAGCCCAGAGUCAGGCUCCGUGCUAACAGCUCAGAGCCUGGAGCCUGCUUCAGAUUCUGUCUUUCUCUCUCUUGCUGCCCUUCCCCUACUCAUGAUCUGUCUCUCUCUCUCUAAAAUAAUCAUUAAAACAAUUAAAAAAAUAAAAAGGUAAAAAGCACUGAUGAAGUUAACUUUUAAUAAUAUAUUUAGCCACUAUAUCCAAAAUGUUAUCAUUUCAACAGGCAAUCAAUGUAAAAAUUAUGAGUAUUUUCCUUUUUUAAAUAUGUCUUCAAAAUCCAGUGUGUGCCCAAGUCAGACUAGCCACAUUCUCUACAGAAUGAGUAGAAGUGAAAAAUGCUCACCAAAGCGAUGGAACAUACCAAAUUUUAGUAGAGUUGACUGUUUUAAUUUAGAAAAAAAGACUGUAUUAAAUUACAUCCUCACCAAUAGAAUGUGAGAGUGUCUCUUUUCUCACAAACUCACCAAUGUUAGAUAUCAUAAUUCUUUAUAUUUGGUCCAUCUCAUUGGUGGAAAAAUUGUUUGAUAAACAGUGAGAUUGAAAAGAGAAUUUCUUGUUUUGUAAACUGUCUUCUGAGCUUAAAUUUUUCUCGUAAGUGAAUAAAUCUGUCUUCAUUUUCUGGGUUAAGGGAAGUAGACAACCCUUCGUUCUGUGUGUCUAGAUUCCGCAGACUUCCCUCCUCUUACACAGUGGAGCUCCUUACAAUUCACAUCUGGGAACUGGCAGGAAAGCCGCUGUUGUUCAGCCUGGUGCAGGGAAUGAGGGCAGUCCUCAAACUUCUGGUUCGAUACACAGAAAUUGAUGUCGUUUGGCACAGACACUACCAUCCCAAGUUCCCCAUUUUUGUAAAGGUUAACCAGAAACACACCAGGCCGUUCAUUUUAGACCCCGUAAAUCCUACUGUCAACGUGUGUGACACCUGCAAUGCCUGGGACGAGGUUGCCCUGGUGGCGAGGCAUAGCCUGUUGAAGCCUCUUUUCAGCAGAGUAAGAGCUGAGCCCCCUUGGCUUUUCACAAACAACUGGUAAACUGGACAAGGAGCUACUCUCCUCAGAUUGUUUUUUUUUAAUUUUUAAAAUGUUUUUUAUUUUAUUUUUGAGACAGAGGCAGAGACAGAGUGUGAACAGAAAAGAGAGGGAGACAGAAUCUGAAGCAGGCUCCAGGCUCUGAGCUGGAAGCACAAAGCCAGAUGCAGGGCUCGAACCCAUGAAUCGUGAGAUCAAGACCUGAGCUGAGGUUGGAUGCUCAACUGAGUGAGCCAUCCAGGAACCCCUGUCCUAGAUUUCUAUGAAGAAAAUAUAAAGGACACAAAGCACAUUCCCAGUGAGAGUGCUCUGGAUGAAAGGCAGCAGGAAGAAAGCUUGUCUUACUCUAAUUCACCAUAUUAGUGACCCAAUCUUUAAUCAACAUACUGAUGUAAGUCAUCAUUUAAGAUAAAAGGAUCUAUUUCAACCUUUAGGAGAAUUGAAACAUCCUCCCCCAUGUUUUGGAUUUGUUUGCUUUGGUGGUCUCAUGACCAAAAAACAUUAAAACAAAAUCUAAGUAGCCAGAGUGAAUAAAUAAAACAAAACUCCCAGGUCAUUUGAGAGACAAUUAUCUGAAAGGGUAAAAUAACUCCCAUUUUUUAGUUUUAAUUCACUAUCAUUUCAGGUUGACUUUUCAAUUCUCCUGGUAACCUAGUAUUUCAUUGGGUCACCUGUGUUUUCAAAAUUUCCCUAUGAAAACCUGCUUGCAUUAAGUAUGGUGUAUUCGCUUCCAGACAUAAACUUACAAAUGAAUACAUGGAAAGAUGGAAAUAUCUGGAAAAAACACAAUGGAUUGCCUCAAAAUAAACUGCUCCCAAAUCAUUUUAUGACUGCCUAUGUCAUGACUCAGGGGUCAGAGUGGAGCCAUUCUUAAGGUUUCAAGGUGCUUAGCCAUAAGCAAGGAUAAAUAAAAUACUCGGGCUAUUGAACUGUCCAGUUCUGCAACAACUGUUUUCAAUUGGUGGUAUCAGCUGUUUUCCUUUCUAUUAAGUAGCGUUAGCGGCCACUGAUAAUGAAAGCCAGAGCCCACCAGAAAUAGACCAGAGGAAAUUUCCUGACUCACUUGCAUAGCAACAAUUCAUCAGCAUGGAAGAUGUAUGAAGUGUGACUUCAGAUUAAUGCGAGUGAUUAGGCUUAUCCACAUGACAGAACUCUUACAUAUAAAUGAGCACUGGCCCCUUCAGGCGAGUCCUCAGAGAACUUGUAUGCUUAUAUUCCAGUGAUGUGAUUGGUCUGGAAACACUUUUGGACUUCCCCUCAGGGGAGAAUGUUCUUUUGAACAUCCUUAAUGGUGACAAAAUUUGUCCUUUGAGGGUGGAUUUGAUUUUUGGAAAUGGUACAAUGUAUUCAUAGUGGACAUCUGUUGUUUUCAUCUACCCAGAAUCCUCUUACCCAAUUACAGGUUGAAGAGACUGCAUUUGUUCUAUUGUUCACUCUGCCUCUGAAGACUCUCAAGGAGAAAUAUUUUUAAAAUGUCUUAGGAGGUGCACUUCGGUGGCUUAGUCGGUUAAGCCUCUGACUCUUGGUUUCAGCUGAGGUCAUGAUCUUGUGGUUUGUGAGUGUAAGCACUGCCUGGGACUCCACGCUGACAGCGCAGAGCCUGCUUAGGAUUCUCUUUCUCCCUCUCUCUCUGCCCUCCCCUACUCAUCCUCUCUGUCUCUCUUGAAAUAAAUAAAUACAUUUAA